AUGUCAAUCCAAGACCUGGCAAGCCAUGGCCUGGACUACCCAUUCAUUGAGCACACAUUCAAGGACCGCCUGGAUCAAUUCAACAAUCUGGUCGCCGUGAUGCUGCAGAAUCUAAGAAAUCUUGAUAGCAACAGAAGGAUGCCAGAUUUUGAACCAAUGACUUACGAUGAGUUUUAUGAUACUGUGCAAGAUCUAUUUAAUGAUGAAUUGAAAGCUGAGUUCAUAAAGGCAUGUUUUAAGAAGAUUAACAUUGACGUGACAACACCCAUUGACUGGUGUGAACUUUUUGGAUAUUUUCCAUCAGAUGAAAAGAGUAUCAUGGACAUCCUGCCGAUAUUUAUGAUUUCCAAGCGACAACAUGUUGAACUGAGAGAAGAGUUAAAAAGGAGACAUGAUCACAUUCACUGUGUGGUUAAUGUGCACCACCUUGAUCAUGUGUUAGUAGCUACAUUAAAAGGGGUUAUUCUACUUUAUAACAGCCAGUUCCAGAUGAAGCUUCAAACAUUCAGUGACAUUGGUGAUGUUUCCCAAGUGACUGGCUGUGAUUACCUUAGCCAGUUAAAACGAAUUGUAGCUGUUACUGAAACAAGUAUUGUUAUAUGGGAUCAUAAACCAAAAACUAAAAACCAGACUAAUUUUUUGACUCUUAAACCUAUGAAAAACAUUAUGCUCUGUGUCUGUACGGUAAACCUACCUGAGUAUAGGGAUGAAGAUUGCAUGCUAAUUGGUGAUGAUGCUGGGUUUUUGAAUCGAAUAAUUGUGGGAAGUGAUGAUCUCAACUUCCAGAAAUCCAUGGAAAGUGAUGCUUUGCGAUCCCAGGCCUUGGAUCCACGCCUUCUUCGUCGCCCCAUUCUACGUCGGAAACUGCACAAUGGCUGGGUAUUGAGAGUGAAGUACUUUGCACAUUUGAACUGUUUCGCCUGCUGUUCUCCAGACAGCGUGCAUUCACUGGUCCUGGAUGACAUACGCAAGCUUGGAGACUGUCAGCCAAUUAGAACAGCUUCAAUCCCAAGGGGUGUUAAUGCAUUUGAUUAUUGUGUGAAAGCAAAUACCAUUGUUACAGGGGGAGAAGAUAAAAUUCUCCGCCUUUGGAAUCCUAAUAUGUUCUCCAAGCCAAAAGCAUUGAUAUACGGCCACACCUGCAUCAUUACUGAUGUAGUAAUCAAUGAAGCAGAUCAACAUAUCAUUAGCCUGUCAACUGAAGGGAUGUUCAGGGUCUGGGAUGUUCAGACACUUGCUGUGUUGCAGGUCUUCACGACGGGUGAACGUAAAGGAGAUCGGCAUAUUAACAUAAUGAUCUUUGAUGCUAAAAAUAAGAGAUUAAUAACUGGUUCCAACAUAAUAGAACUUGUACCUCUCAUGUCUGCUGUGCAAGACAGUAUGCUGGUUCCCCUAUCUCAUGAAAAAUCCAUCAAUGUUCUGGUCUAUAGCAAACUGAACACCAAGUUGGCCUCCAUUUGCAGUAAAUCUGUACUUAAGGUAUGGGAAGUGCAAACUGGACAGAAACUCUAUCAAAUUGAGCAUCCGCAUGGACAUGGUGUAGAAGUGACAGCUGGAGCAGUGGAUCAGAGAGGAAUGCAUCUCAUUACUGGAGCAGCUGAUGGCUCAAUUAUAAGUUGGGAGCUUUAUACUGGAGAGAAAGUUAAAGUCAUUCCUCCGACCACAGAAAACACUGAAGAAGAUCAUCGCAUUUCACAGCUGUACUUUCUGAACAAUGGCGACCCGCAAAUAGUGCUUGCUUUUGGUUGGAAAAACAAGAUCAAAAUUCUUCAGAAUGAACUGACCGACACAGCACUAAGUGGCAUUGAUUUAAUAAACAUCAAUGAUGAAAAUUUGCUAGCUGUUGGAUGGCUCAAUUUAAUCAUGAUAUGGAAUUUAGAUAUGGCAUCCCUCUUGCAAGUAUUUAACGAAGAUCGAAUUACAGAAACACAGGAUGAAGUUAAAAAUCAGGAAUUGAUGCAUGAUGUCAAGUCACCCAUUGUUAAAAUUGUCAAAUUUGUACCCCUCAAACUGCAAAUUAAUGAGAUUGAAAUUACUGGGACAAGUCCAACAUUUCAAUCACAAUCUUCAAGUACUCUUUUAAACAAAGUGUCAAAAUUUAGCUUCAUGUUUAAGGGCAACCAAUUGGUGAAAAUCAUGCCUACUAUACAGUUUUCUAGUCCUAUCACCGCAGUCUUUGUAGAUGAUAUUGCAGCUCUACUAUUGGCUGGCAAUCAGAGAGGAUACGUAAUAAUUUGGGAUAUUGCAGCCUUUCUAGGAGAUCCAUACUCAUUAAAUAAGGAUUCUGUUAAUCGCCUAGUUAGCUGGAGAGCCCAUAAUUUCCAAAUAGUGAGUCUGUUCCAUGUGGAGGAGGCAAAUGUUGCUGUUACUGCAUCCAUAGAUUGUUCAAUCAGGGUUUGGUACUCACCAAAUGGGCAUUACAUUGGAUAUUUUGGACAACAUAGCUCUUUGGUAUUAAUGAACCCCAGUAAGUUUGUUUUACCAUCUGACAUAAUUGAAGCACCUGUGGAAAGCCAGUCAAACAAAUCUGACAAGACUGACCAGUUGGAUUAUCCCUUGAAAUUGGAUUGGGAAAGGUGA